AUGAUGGACCGGCUGGAUAUGGAUCUAUAUGAGGAUUACAAAUCUCCUUUUGAUUUUAAUACUGGAGUUAAUAGGAAUUAUCUUUACCUGUCCCCCAGCUUGACUUUAUCUCCUCCUGGAUCUCCUGUGCUGAAGAAUUCCGGUCUGCUGAAACAUGAAACCAUUCCUGAAGUUGGAGAGGAUGCCGCUGCUACUGUUACAGAAGCUCUGUCUGAAGAAGAACAGGAUGAACUGAGAAGAGAGCUUGCUAAGGUGAACACUGGAUGAAACUCUGACCUCCUCUGUGUGGGGUCCACAAAAUGAAUCUGGUACACAGACCUAAAGAAAAAAUUGGGAAUCAAUACAUUGCAGGAGCUGAAACAGAACCUUUCCAAAGGGUGGCAGGAUGUAACGGCAACACAUGCGUAUAAGAAGACUUCGGAAACAUUGUCUCACGCUGGGCAGAAAGCUUCUGCUGCUUUCUCAUCGGUUGGGUCUGCCAUAACGAAGAAGUUGGAAGAUGUGAAGAAUUCCCCAACUUUCAAGUCAUUUGAAGAGAGAGUUGAAAACUUAAAGUAUAAGGUUGGGGUAAACAAGCCCGCUGGGGGUGACUUUGGAGAGGUCUUGAACUCUGCUGCUAAUGCCAGUGCCACAGAAGUGACUACAAAGCAGACAGAAGAGGAUGCUCAAUGAUUGUCUUGCCUACUUCCUGCUAUCCACUGCCAGAUGCUGCAAGCAAAUGCUGAAGCACAACACCUCUGCUGUUGACUCUUCCAAGAUGUGCUUCUGUUUAGCACUUAGCUUUAUAGCUAUUUAAUAUGUAGAUCAUGUAGGCUCAGAGUAUUUUUUUUAAGACACUAUCUGGAAUUUUUCCACAUUUUGAGUAUUUAAAAGACUUAUUCCUGGUCUAAAAUCAUCACUAAGAUAGUGCAUUAUGAAAGUUAAAGAAGUUAAGAGUUUCAGCACUGUAUAUGUUGGAUGCUGUGAUGAAUAGCAAUUGGUUCAUGUCCCAUGAAAGUCUGUUUCCACUUACUUCACUGCAAACACUGUGAAAAGGCCUCAUCAAUCAGAUUAGCAUGAAAAGCUUUUGGUCUUGCUGAAGGAACUUCCAGUGGCAGAAGAAGACUGUCGGCUUCAACUUAUCAAUGUAAACUUUGACCAAAUAACAUGUCCAUUGUGAUAAUUGCUGGCAUUGAGUUAAACAGUUCCAUCUUAACAUGCAACAUUAUUUUAGUGAGGUUAUCAUGAACAAAUUUAUAUUAAGUGUUUUUCUUAAUUGUUCCCAAUUAAACAUUUGUUCUUGGAUA